CCAUCCUAUUUGCAAACAAUAUCACUUCUCUUCUUUUAUAUUUCAUCUAUGUCUCGUAAACUCUUCUUUCUCCUAGGAGCUUUCCUUCUCGUCUUGCUUCACCCUUUCGAGGUUUCCCCUAUAACCCUCAAACUUAAUGAAUCACAGUUUUCCCAGUUGCUCCACAGUUUGGAAGCAGAAGGAUGCCAGGCAUGCCACAAUGGUACAAACAUCGAAGGACUUGGUCAGGUCAAGCAAUACCUUAACAAAUACGGCUACUAUCCAGAAGGCGUGGAGCUCACAGAUGAAUUUAACGAUCAGAUGGAGACUGCCCUUAAAAAAUACCAAGAAUACUCUCAUCUCAAAGUUACAGGAACCCUUGACUCUAGUACUGUAAAAGAAAUGAUGAUUCCCCGAUGCGGUUUCCCGGAUAUCAUCUACAAAAACGGCACCUUUGGUAAGAAUGGAAAUGAGUCUACGUCUCACUUGGUUGCUCAUUAUGCGUUUGCACCGACAAGAUGGUCAGUUUACAAGACUCAUAUUGUCUAUACCUUCAGCUCCAGCGUGCAGGCGGUUGAUAUGCGAACCCUGAGGGCAGCGUUCUCACAAGCAUUCCAAAGAUGGGCGGAGGUUUCUCACUUUACAUUUGAGGAAGCACGGGUGGUGAUGAUUCCUGACAUUGUGAUUGGGUUUCACCGGCUGGAUCACGGGGAUGGAUAUCCGUUUGAUGGGCCGGGGAAUACGAUAUGUCAUGCUUUUCCGCCAGAGGACGGGCGGUUCCAUUUCGAUGCAGAUGAGAGUUGGAGUACAAGUCCGGCGGAGAGUGAAUAUGACCUGGAAUCUGCGGCGAUGCAUGGAAUCGGACACCUCCUGGGACUUGCACAUAGCCAGGAUCUGAACGCCGUCAUGUACAGGACACUUUAUCCCGGAACUAUCAAAAGGGAUCUGACGCAGGAUGAUAUCGAUGGCAUUCGUGCUCUCUAUUCCAACCAUCAAAACACCGUCACAUACGUUUGCAAUAUUUUAGGGUGGUUUUAAUUAAAAUAUAUGAAUGAAAAUGUCAAAUAAAUUUUAGGUUUGAAACUUGCAAGAAGUGUAACGAGGAUGUUAUGAUGUUCAAAGUAGUUUCACUAUAUGUAAUAAUAAUAAGAGGGUCAGCUGCCC